UCGUGUGUGUUUCGAUUUGUAUGCAUGUUCACGCUUUUUUGUGUCUAAUGGAUUGUAUGGUGUCAUCACUGCGUGAUGCAUCUCGCAUGUGUACAACUGCACGAGACGCCGAGGCUCUAAAAAAGAAACUCAGGUAAAAGAUUCGUCGGAUUUAUGUGUGUCUGCUGAUAGUCCUUAGACGGGUCUUUACAGGUUAGAGAAAUCUUCACAAACAAACAUCAUCUGUUGAAGUAAGGGCAUAUAGCGUUCUAGCGUUCUAGCGAACUUUCGCUUCCCGUUUUCGUGAAAGUUUUGGUAAUUUCAACGAGACGCGAAUGCACGUCGAAUUUUCAAGUUACACCGCUGCGUUUGCGGAUAGAGAAAUAACUGGCAACUCCGAAAUUACAACACGAGAACACGGUGUUUAUCCUCAAACCGCACGCAUGUUUCCCGGUCGGAACGAUCUCAUGGCGAAGUUCCUUAAUCCUACACGCGAGGAAUCAACGAUCCGUUCAAUCGAAGUGUUGCUAUGUCCGUUUCUUCGAAACAUAUGCUCUCCGCUUCGCAACAAGUAUUGCGAAAUUUUUCUUCGGUUGAAACGAACUCCUGGAAUAUUCUCCACGGCAAAGUGCAAAAUUGAUGAGACAUUUCAUGUUUUUGCGACAGCAGACUGCAGAAGGACUUUUAAUCUUCUCACAGCAUAUCACACGUACGCACGGACACAUUUCCUUGGCUGGAAUUUUAUUGAACAAUUUUUAUAUUCAUAUUCUGGUAACAACGCGUAAAAUUGCUGUGGAAUUCGAUUGAUGCACUAAAAUGGUAAAAUUCCUCACAUGACUUGCAUUUUUUUUUUUUUUUUUGAAUCACGAUGAUAUG